ACCCAGGUGGCGGUGGAGCGAGAGACGGCCGGCAGCGUUUCCCUCUUCUCCACCCUGGUGUUGGCCAUCGAGCGCUCGCAGGCAGAGCUGAUGGAGGUGAUGGAGAUGAGCCGGAGGGCGGCUGAGCACCAGGCCGACGCCAUGAUAAGACAACUGGAGCUGGAGGUCCAGGAGCUGCGGAGGAGAGAGAGCGCCCUCGCCAAGCUCGCCCAGUCAGACGACCACAACCACUGCGUCAAGACGUUCAACGGUCUCUCCAGUCCCCCUCCCACCAAAGACUGGUCCGGAGUGUCGGUGACCUCUGACCUGGGGACAGGGACCGUCUACAGGUCGCUGGUCACUCUGGUGGAAAAGUUCCAGGUUGAGCUGAGGAACGUCGCAGAAAAAGGUUUUCCCGCCGUAGUGCUGGAGCCCAGUCCAGUCCGAACGCAGCCACGAAUGAAGAGGGUUCAGGAGUACGCAGUGGACGUAACUCUGGACUGCAGCACGGCGCACCCACGCCUGAUUCUGACGGACGACAUGAAGAGUGUGCGGUGUGGAGACCGACACCAGCCGCUCCCUGACAACCCGGAGAGGUUCGACAGAGUCGUCUGCAUCCUGGGGAGCGAGGCCAUUUCCUCCGGGAGACACUACUGGGAGGUGGAGGUGGGCGGGAAGACGGACUGGGAUCUGGGCGUGGCCAGACAAUCCAUCAACAGGAAGGGGAAGAUCGACGUGACCCCGGUGAACGGAUACUGGUUCCUCAGCCUCAGGAACAAGAACAAAUACGCCUUUCGCACUGAACCCUCCACGGACGUCUGCCUGACCCUCAGGCCUCAUAAGAUCGGCGUGUUCGUGGACUUUGAGAAAGGACAGGUGUCGUUCUACAACGUUGAUGCUAAAAUCCACAUCUACACCUUCAGUGACCAUUUCACCGAAUGCAUCCUCCCGUUCUUCAGCCCCUGCACCAAUAAAUCGGGGAAGAACGACGGGCCGCUGGUCAUCACACCAGUAAACGCCACAGAGUGACAGAAAAUACACUGCAGGUUAUAUCCGCGGUUCAUUUUCACGACACGUGCACUUAGGUAACAUUUACAUUCUGGCAGAUGUUGUUGGUUGACUGUGAAUUCUGGUUUAACAUCUGGAUGUAAUUUUAAAUGAUUCACUGAUUUUUUUUAAAUUCCGUGGAUAGUUUGUUGGGACGUCUCUUACGUGUCCAGAUUUAAAUAUUAAAAGCCAGUUCAGCUUAGCUCAGCAUAAAGACUGUGACAUGUCUCCAUACAUAAACACAAACUGUAGUGUAUACUGUAUAUAUAAUGCUUUAGCAAGUUAUAUAACUUUUUCCAGGAAGGUUUUAUAAAGUCAGAUUUGGAAGAAUGAAGAACAACACCCGACACCACAGUCGACUCAAUGAGGAGAGAUUAAAAAACUUUUUCUUUUAACAAACUUAUAAAAGUGUAUUUCUGUGUAAAACGUGUUGCAGUGCAAACUUUAUAUUCCUACCAGAUCUCUCUGCUUUAGUUCAGUAGGUUGAACACCAGGGGGCAGAUAUGUCUGCAGAGAAACACAUGAAUGUUUCCUGCAGCUUCUCAAACACACGAGUUUCAUUUCUUCUUUUGAUUCUUCAGAAUGAAGCCAAAUCAAUUAUAAUUUCUCCAACUGUUAUUAAUCUACACUCUUUAUUCACUGAGGCAGAAAUUAACAAACACUCGCUAAAUUUACUCUCAUGUCGUUCUUACUGUACUUUAUACUUCUACUCCACUACAUUUCAGCUGGAAAUAUUCACUAUAUUUAAAUAAAUCUAACAGUAAUAAGAUUUUACACAAAAAAACAAGUUUAUAGAAUUUAAUAUUCGUAAUAAAGAAACCCAAGAGGUAAAAUGACCAAAUGUAAAUUAUAGAAUAUUCUUCACAAGCCCGUUUGAUCUGCCUCGACCUACUGCAAUAAUUAAAAACACCAGGAUGAACAAUCUAAUAAUGUGAAUUUUAUAAUUAUCUUUUUUUUCAGAUGAUACUUGUGUAUUUUUACUCAAAUGGUAAUUUGAACACAGGACUCUUUACUAGUAAACGAUAUUGUACAAGUUCUUUUUCUUUCAGUAAAUGAUCUGAGCACUUCUUCCUCCAUCACUUUAUAAAC